UUGGCGGGAGGAUGAGAAUGUCAACACUGGGAGAGAAAAAGAUGGAGGACGUCACUCGGAGUCAGUCAAACGAGCCGGGUUUCACAGACUCGGGUCAGACAAGUGAAGACGGGUCGGAACAGAGCGGUGUCACCGGAGACGGCGCGGGUAAACCGGCUAAAUGUGAGGCGCAGCGGAGCAGACUGAAAAUCUUUAACAAAGUCAUGGAGAAAAGCCUUCAGAGACUCAUAGCAGAUACCAGUUUCAACAGGUUCUCUCACUCCUUCCAUCCACUGUGCAAGCAGAAUCCACAGAUGGCCGAAGUCAUCCACAAGCAGUUCAUAAGCGAUCUGCAGAAAGCCAUCCAGGAGGACAUAAACAGAGUGAUAGAGGAAGGAGACCUGCAAGUGAAACUGGAGGAGUUGGACAGACUUGAAGAGCAGGCAAAAGACACACCAGGACCUGCAUGGCGACCUAGUGGAAUUCCUGAGCAGGAUGUGUGCAGUGUGUUGAUCCCGUACCACCAGGGGCAGGAGGAGUAUGUGCGCAGAGAGCUGAGGAAGCUACAGAAGGAGAACGCAGCUCUGGCUCAGAGAGUCCAGUCUGGACGAGAAACUAUUACACACACAGAACAGCGCAUAGCAGCAGCCGUGGAUGAGUGGAAGGCAUCUGUGGCUGAUUUGGAAUCGUUUGUCUCAUCACUUUGUCAGUCUGAAAAUUUCUGAGUUUCUCCGAGCUCCUGUGGACCGUAGUUCAACUUUUAAUUCUUUUUUUUAAGCUAACUUGUAUUGUUUUAUUUUACCAAAUUUGUUCAAUUAAAUCCGUUUCUCAUUGUAUGUAACUUGUUUGAGUGUUGACUUUAUAAUUAGAAUUCAUCAACCAA